CACACACACACACACACACACACACACACACACACACACACACACACACACACGUAUAUGUACAUAUACACAUAUACCUGGCUGUUUGCCUGUCUUCUUGCCAGUCAGCCUUGCCUAUCUACCUCCCUACCUACCUGUCCAUCCAUGAAAUUUACUCACUUACCCUACCAACCAGUAUACGAACAAAAAGUACAGUAAUACCCACACAUGAAAAUAAUAGAAACAGUAUAGGAGUAAUGGGACUCCGGCAGUGCAUUGUAGGUCUUUCACCAUCGAAGUGGAGUAGUGUGUAGCAGGAGUGUUUUCGAUCGUUUGCCACUAUGGGAAGCACUUUCUGGAAUGAGCUGAAGGCUGCAAAGAUGAGUGGACGGGAUGGAAGCCCCAAGAUAUCUCUGGCUCUGCUGAAGGGCCGUUCGGCAGCUAAGAGUGUUCCAAGCAUCACUUUCAGGUUUAACCCCUCAGGGGAUAACAUCACUCAAGUCUCAGAUGCAGAGGAAGAGGAAGAUGAAGUGUCAAGUGAGGUAUCAUCAGCACCUUCUUUGGAUACCAGCUCAGUCGGUAGUGUGGCGCGAGCAGAAUCCCUACGUGAUGCCUCCCCGGUGAAGGAGUCAUUGGGAAGUUCCCUAGGGAAGCGUUCCUCCAGUUUGGACAGUAACAGUGGACCAUUAAUAGAACCAUCACCUUCAACUGCGAAACCUGCAGAGUCUGGUGGGCUUCUCUCAAGGCUAACCAAGACUUUUGAGGAUAAGAUCAAUGAGAUCCGUAGUGAGAAGAAAGAAAAAGAGAGCAAGGCGGAAAGAGACAAGGAUAAAGAAAAAUUAUCCAUAGGAGGAGAUGGUUCCACGGAGAGUGAAGGGGGCUCUGUCUCAGGUGACAGAUCCCCUACAUCCAAGGAAAGAAAACCCAUUGAUAUAGUGCAGAAAACAGUUGAAGAAGAUAAAGCAUCUAAAACAGACUUCUCAGGAUCUCCUCCAAAGACUAAAACAAGUAUAGUGCAAGAUAUAACCGAGCAUACUAGUAAAAUUAAGUCAGAGCUAGGUAAUAUACGACCAAAGUUGUCAGAGUUACGACAGAGAAGGAGUUCCAAAGAAAGUGGUAAGAACAACAAAGAGAACAGUAAAGGGAGACCUUUCGUAUUUACCUCACUUCUAGGGAGAGAUGAGGGUCUGGGUGAGGAGAUGCUGCUGGAGUGCGAUGAGGCAGAGGUCGACAGAGCUGUGGAAGCUCAUGAAGACCCCUGUGUCUUUGAUGAAGAUCUGGCUGGAAUGGAUGGUGAGGAUGUAUCUACAGAAAAAGAUACUGUAGAUUCCAGUAAAAGCAAGACCACCACACCACAAUCAUCCCCCAAAAAGAGAAAAAGUCCCCCUUCGCCAAAGAAAGCGACAGAGCUACCACUGAAGGAGCAGUGCCUCCAAAUUGUGAAUUCUUUCCCCCUAUCAGUAUCUGUGUUAUCAAAAAUAGCUCUUGGACUCUUUAUAGUGUGCUUUGUGCUACCUCUACCGAGAUUCUUGGCAGGCUUGUUGUUGGGGGUUGUAUUGGCAGGAGUAGCUUUUUACUGCCUCCUGCGCCUGGUGUUACCUGUCACUCCUGAGCCGCCUCUUAUUGAUGAUGGACCAGUGUUACUGACACUUCCAACCUAUGAAGACAAGCAACUGUACAAGGGUUGGAUGAAUGAAUUGGAAGGGGAAUACAGCCCGGAUGGCUACCAUGUGUCCCACACCCACUCUGUGUUUGUGCGUCUACAGGGAUCCAAGCUCCAGAUAGAUCAUCCUAGAGGUAAGGUGCCCAAGCAUGCUCGGCAGAAGGAGGAGAUUCGUAACACAGUAUUUACACACCACAGAGAGUAUGACAUUGCUGGGUGUGAAGUUUUUCUUGCACCAAGGAACUUACCUCGAAGAUGGUUGUGGAGUCGAAAAUACCCCAUAUGCAUUCGCCUUCAUGGGGGAUCAAAAGGCAGCACACCUUCCCCAGUUUCCAUUACCUCAACACCGACAGGGUCAGCCCAUGGAAGCCCAAUACGCUUCUCCAGUGCCAUUUUAGGACGUCAAGGCAGUUCUGAAAGUGGUGAAGGCAACUGGAGUCUUGAUAAUAACAAAUCGUCUGGGGAAGAUGACCUGAUGACCUCCUCACUGGACAUGGCAUCAUUUGAGGAAGUGACCCAGGACAUGUGUCAGGAAAAGUCACUCUACCUCUUUGCCCGAUGUGAUCGGGAAAAGGAUGACUGGUUCCGCCGCCUUGUAGCUGGCUCCGAACUGUAUGUGAAGGCCCAGUCAUCUCCAAGUCAUAAACCUCCUCCUCAGGAUAUUGGGGAUACUAUUUCACUUGAAGGAAUUCCAGAAUCUCCUUUUGAGCCAGCCAGAGAUCAGUUGCAGAUGGAUUCUGGUGCCUCAACCCCGCCUGACCUGAGCUUUGAACGUUACAUGGCGCGCCUUUUGUACCAGCCUGGGGGUAUGACAUCUGAUGGGACUCCAGGCCCUGCAAAUGUGGCAUGGAUUAAUGCUUUGGUCGGGCGACUGCUCUAUGACUUUUUACGAAAUCCAUACUGGGCCAAUAAGGUACAAGAACGUGUGCAGCGUAAACUGAGCAAGCUCCACAUUCCAUAUUUUGUGGGGGAGAUUGUAGUGUGUGGAGUAAACAUGGGAUCAGCCACGCCUCAACUGAAUGCUGUUGGAAGUCCCCAAGUGGAUGCGAGAGGACUCUGGGUUGAUCUGAAUGUUGAAUAUUCUGGGAAUUUUACCAUGAGCUUAGAGACCAAACUGGACCUUAUGAAACUUAAACGUAGUACUGGAAUAGGAACCAACUUGCCAAACACCUCAUCUCCUCCGAGCCCAGCAGAGCCAGUGCCUCAUGCAGGCCCAAGAGUGUACACACGUUCACAGUCUUCCGAACGCCUUCUUCGCAAUGUCCACUUUGACACAGACACAGAUGAUAGUGUAGAAUCUUCUAGUGAAGAAGAGUAUGAGGAGGAAGGUUUAGCAGCUGAAGCAGGACUUCCUGUAGGGGGUAGUGGACCAACUUCUCGACGACUGUUAAAACUAGUUGAUUCUGUAGCUGGUUCGAGGUAUUUCCAGCAGGCAGCAGAGUGGCGAUUGUUGCAAAGGGCUCUGCAAGGUGUAAGCAACACAAGAAUAGAGUUGAGUGUUGAGGUUCGCCGUUUAGCUGGCACUCUGGCAUUAAAUAUACCCCCUCCCCCUGCAGACCGGCUUUGGUAUGGAUUUCGGGGAGUUCCAGAGCUCGUGAUGGUUGCUCGACCAAGACUAGGGGACAGAAUGCUCAAUCUACCAUUCCUUGUAGAAUUCAUUCAAAAACAACUGAGGAUUGUGUUUGAGAAAGUGUUUGUACUCCCAAACAUGGAUGAUUUGGUUAUUCCAAUCAUGUCACCUCUAAUACCUGGCCAACAUCAACAACCCAGACCACCUUGGGAGUCACCUCACAUACUUCUAAAUACUUCAGAUGUGUCUGCACCGUCAUUUCCCACCUCGUCAGUGUCUACUUCAGGAAUAGUCACACCCACAGUCAAAUUUACUCCGUCUCCACACUAAGAACUCAUAGUAGUUGGUCAAAUGUGAGCAAGUUUGACAGUAUGGAUUCACUUCUAGUGUUCUUAGUAGGUGUGGCAUGUAAUCACAGGUACAGUAAGCCCAUAGAGAAAUGAGUCUUUUUGUACAUGCUGUUUAUGAUCAUGCAAGACCAUUAUAGUAGAAUAGUCAUCCAGUUCCAAUAUUCUGCAUUUUUGAAGCACAAACUGGAAUAUGAACAUUUGUGAUGAUAGGAAUGUAUGUUUUAGGCCUAUUCAUCUCUGAAAAGGUUUGAUUAAUUUAGUUCUUGAACUGAUAGACAGAAUUAAUCUACCAGCAUAGACUGAUAUUAAUGUGAAUAGGGUUUUAGUAUCAGUUAUGUGUUAUAUAUAUUCUACCAAAGAACACAAUAGUCAUAUACAAGGGUUAGGAAGGUAAUGGUAAUCUGUAAAACAUGCUUUUGAGAAGAACCAUUCACUGAAAGUUACCUUUAUGAGAAUGGGAGAAUAAUUUCUUGAUGUUUUACUUACAAGAAGUUAUUUUUUCAUAGAGUGCUGUGGCUUACAGCAGGUCAUACACAUUGAAUUAGAGAAUGUUCCAUUCUGAAUCCCCCCCCCCCCCCCCUAAGUUAUGAAAGAAAAUUGCACAUUUAAAUGUGGCUUGAAAUUUUAAAAUUUGUUCUCUUUCAGCAACCAUAGACUUUCAUUCAAGUUCAGAAAGUGUAAAUCAUCUAAGCUUCCUAACUUGAAGUCUGGUGCUGCUGGAAACCAAGUUAUCACGGUGCAAAGCCCAAGGUUUUAGGGUAAACUUUCGUAGGUGGAUCACAAAGGCAGAGCAGUGUCCUUUGAUAUUUUUUAAAGAGAGGGUAAGAAAUUCCUGUCAUGUGCUCACACAGGACUCUCUUUACCCAGUAGUUGCAACUGUCUGGAAGAAUACAUACAAAAAAAAAUGCUUAUGUUAAAUAUAAUAUAUAUAUCUGUGUGCUGUAUAACCCUUCAGGUUGAGUCAUAUUGCAUUAUAAUCUGCUUUUGGUGUUGUGAAAGGAAGGGCCAUAAGGUAAAGAGAAAUAGAUCUUAUUUUUGCAGUGGACAACUAUGAAGCUUUAGUAAAAAGAAGCUACCAGAAUGUGUAUUUAAUUUUUCUCGUAAAAUUGCAAAAUAUUUUUUCAGUCAUAAGAUGUUUAUCAGUGUUAGCUAGUAUAUAUAUAUAUAUGUGUUGUGUGCACUAGAUAGAUGGUAUCAUUCUUAUGUUAAAAAAUAGAAGUACUUCUAUGAUUUUUGUGGCUUUAUUAUUAUUAUUUUUUUAUUAUUAUUAUUAUUAUUAUUAUUAUUAUUUAUCCGAUAUUCAGAAAAGAAAUAUUUAGUUUUAUACAUUUUCAAAAAUCCAUUAAGAUAUAAGCCUUCUAACCCCUAUUUUACGCCUUUAGGCCAGAAAUAGUGGAUGUAUUCCAAAGACACCAUAUAGUCAAUUGUAUUUGUGUGCUGGCAUAUUUGCAUUUUAUACAUGUGUGUUUAUGCAAAUGUGCUUCAGUGUGAAUGUAAUAGUAGGGUACAAAUUUUUGCGUUGAAUGGUUGUGGGUGUUUGGAUAAUAGUUAUAUGUCAGGCUUGCACUCUAUUGAGAUAUUUACAAAUCAGAUCUGAAACAUUGGAUUUUGUGAAUGUAAGGUAAUGUAAAAUUCAAAGCUAUAUAGUUACGAAAUAUAGGCACAGUAAUUUCAUUUGUUGAUAUAUUUCCAAAGCCUAUAUUUUCAGUAGGGUAAAAAAGAAUAUUCAGGCAUAGUUUGUAUAAUAGAUAAACUAUCCAGAAAAAUAUUGAAGGAGAAUUUGAGGGUUUGUCAUGGUAUUAUGGCAAACUCCAGAUCUGACAAGAGGUCAGAAAAAAGUGCAAUACAGAGCAUUGGUUGUCGUAACGUCAGACACAGAUUUUGUGGCUAAAUUACUGUAUUGCUAAUUGGCCCAAGUGCAAGGGGUGACAGUGGAAACUUGUAAUGCAUUUGUAUCACUUAAUUAGUCCUGUGAGUAACUCUCAGAAAGGAACUUUGCUGUGAUUUAAAAUUCACUGAUACAGGUGGUUGCUGGGUUUGCCUCUCCCCUCUACCAUAAGCCCCCUUUCCCUCUUCCUUUCCUCUAUCUUACUCCUCUACCUUACUCCUCAUCUUCACCUUCUAUAACUGACACUUGGAGAAUUCUUUACAAUUUUUUUUUAUUAUCAAUUUUUAGAUUCCAGUAUGAUAAAAGGUAUAUUUCUAAUAUUCAGUGAUGAUAUCUAUUGUUAUCAGAAAGCUGGAAUGUAAAGGGAUGAAACAGAAUUUAUUUUUUAAUGUUCAUUUCAAUAUACCUUUGUUUUUUUGGCCUGUGAUAAUUGUCAAUCUCAAAUUUUGCAUAGUAAUUGCAAUAGGUUGAAUUGUUCUCAUCAGAAUGAUGGUGAGGCAUCUCCAAGUGGAACCAUCUAGUUAUUAUUCAUUCUGUAGAUUAAUAGAUAUAUAUACAGAUAUUUGAAGAAAAAGAUUCUCACAUAUCUGGAUGUGAAAGAGCUUUUUUCAUGGGUGAUUCUUAGUGACAUUUUAUAAACUAUUGCUUGUUAUAUUUUGUCUAUCAAUCUUCAGUAUACAUUGUACAAUUUUAAGAAUGAUUAAGGACUUACCUCAUGAGGCAGUUGGUUUGUAGAACUUCUUUUUUAAUUUUGCAAUUUACUAGAAAUUAGUUGAGAAGUUAUUGUUUUAAAGAUUCUCUUUUGCUGUCUAAUUAUGUCGGGUAAAUGCUGUGUUAAGUCCAUUUUUCUUUUAUUUUUUUCAAAAGUCCAUAAAAUAUGACAGCAGAGUGUUACUUAUUUUAACAUUAUUUUAGUUACAGUAAUGGAUUAUUCCCUUUUUCUUUUAAACAGCAGAGUAGGUGUUUUUCAUCAAUAGAAUAGUGCCCUUUGUCAAAUGAACAAAUGCAUUUAUCUUGUAAAUCAUGGUUUUCUGUGAUGUUAAACAUAUGACAUGUUUUUCCCCCACUUGUAAUCAUAUUAAAACAAUCACAUUUUUAUUUUGGCAAAGGCACUGUUCCUUUUGCUAGAAUUGCUUAAAAGCAUUACCAAUUAAUUUUUUUUUUGUUUUUCUAUUGAAAUAUAGGAGCAUCUACCAGUCUUAAUUUGUAGAUUGCUUGUGUAACUUUUUUUCACUUGACUACUUCAUCUCUGUGAUACACUCCCAUGAUGUAGAUAGAUAAUCAUUCUCUAAGAUAUAAGUGGUGUUUUAUUUGUAUUGGAAUUCCUUUUUUGUAAUUUUAUAAACUUUUUGUAGAUGACAGUUUUUGUACCUGUAAAAUGAGUAAGUUGUAACUAACUUUAGUACUGCACUUUAUAUGGUGUUUAAAGAUGAAUGCAAAGGCACAUUCAGGAAGUAACAGUUUCAUUAGUUAUGAUUUCAUCAUUAUUGAUUUUUCCGAUUUGAUGGUGUGUUAAACUUAGUUGUAGCACAAUAGAUGCUAUUGCAUGGGUCUGCUGAUUAUAAAACUUUUGUGUACUUUUGACUCCACACUUCAGGGUGCAAGAUAAUGUUUCUUGAAUAAGGGAUCACAGCUUAGAAUGACCAUACGUUUAGUUUUUCUUUGAUAAUUAAGUUCAUUUCUUUUAUUUUUACAAGAUGUUUUUUGGUAUCAAGGAAAAGUGUUGGAAAGGAUCUCUUCUUUUUUUUGUUUUAGCAAAAAGAAGAGGUUAAAGCCUGUAAUGAUUUGGGAAAUGUCCGGCUAUUAUAAUAAUUAUGUGAUUAAUUACUAACUUUGUUUGAGCAGUGUGAAAACAUAUCAUAAGUAAACCAAGUAUAUACAGGACAUGUACAUUGACUUGUAGAAGUCCAGUGUUUUUACUUUUUUUCACAAUUUUGUUGUUUCUAUUGAUAUAUAUUUUUUAAUAUGUUUAAUUAUAUACAAAUAAAUGGUAAUUUUAUGUGUAUUGAACAAAGAAACUAUGAAAAGGAUAUUAAAUGUUUACAAAAUUUAA